AUGAAAGCUAGGUGGGUGGCUACUGCCUCAAUGCCAUCAAAACAGACCAGACAACAUGAAAAUGGCAAGUACUUAGGAUUAUUGAUUAGUAGGUGGUAG